CGCUCGAGCCCCGCCGCGCCGCCGCGCCCAACGAAGCUUAGAGGCCCAUCCUGACGAGUCCUCAGCAAUGCCAGCCGCAAUGAGCAAGGCCUUUGCGGCCGCCGCCCUCGUCAGCGGCUCCCGUGCUGGACAGACUGUUGUCUUUCGACGACUUCGCGGAGGCGCACGGGCGCUCCUACGAGGCCGGCACCGAUGAGUACGUGAUGCGCCGCGGGCUCUACGAGGACGCGCCUGGCGAACGCCGAGCGCCACAACGCGCAGGAGGGCAGGCUCUGGACGGCCGGGGUGAACAAGCUGUGGGAUUGGACCGAUGCGGAGCUGAAGACUCUGCGCGGCUGGGACGGCAGCAAGAUGCCAGGAGGUGCCAGCGGCCUCCGCAGCGUGCAGCCCCACCAGAACGCCUUCCUGCAGCAGCGUGGCGCUGACCUGCCGAAGGAGAAGGUCUGGGGCGAGCUCGCCAUGGCCCAGCGCAUCAAGAACCAGCGGACUGCGGCAGCUGCUGGGCCAUCGCCGUCUCCUCGGUGCUCGAGGCACACGUGCAAAUCUACACGGGCAAGGCGCGGACUUUCUCUGCGCAGCAGAUCGUGGAGAGUGCACGCCGAACCCGAAGCACUGCGGCGGCGACGGGGGCUGCCAGGGCGCCACGGCGGAGCUCGGCAUGGAGUGGGUCCUCAAGAACGGCUGCGCGGAGGAGUCCGAGGUGCCCUACACGGGACGCAGCGUGCCAGGGCGGCAGCGCCACCGCCGACAUGGCGAGGGCUCUCGUCGCGGGCGGCGGCACCUCGUUCUUGGACGGCGCCGACGCCGCGGCCAUGGGCGGCGGGGCCUUCGGUAUGACAGGCUGGGAGACGCUCCCAAAGAACCAGUACGAGCCCCUGGCCCGCGCUCUCGCGGAGAAGGGCCCCGUCGCGGUAUCAGUCGCCGCGGACAAGGAGGUGGUUCGACUACGAGUCCGGCAUCUUCAACGGCUGCGGCAAGGAGACGCAGUCAUCGACCAUGCGGUCACUGCGAUCGGAUACGGCGAGCAGGACGACGGGCACAAGUACUGGCUGAUCCAGAACAGCUGGGGCGCCGACUGGGGCGAGGGCGGCCACAUCCGUCUGGAAAGGCAUGACCAGGACACGUACUGCGGCAUGAACAACGACCCGCAGAAGGGUGUCGCCUGCCAGGGCGAGACCGACCCGGUGCCCGUGUGCGGCAUGUGCGGCGUCCUCUUCGACUCCGUGGUGCCCCACUUCCGCAGCGGCGGCGGCGGGCAGUGAGACCGCGGCCCGGACCGUCCCCGCCUGGCUCCUCAAGGCGCCCGUCGAGGAGGUCACAAUAGUCAUCGCGUGCCUCUUCACAACGACGACGCCGACGAUGACGUCGACGUCGUCGUCGUGCGAGCCUCCAAGACUGUACCCAUCCUUGCCGCCGCCCCGAGAUGGACGCCUGCUCCGAAUGAGUGCAGCUGCGGCCCAUCGGCGGAGCGCGCCUGCGGGGCGAUAAUCGCA